CGGCCUCGGAGCGCACCAAAAUACAUUGUAUCAUUUUUCAGUUAGUGCGGUCCGUGUUCACAUAUGUUGUUUUUACCGUACUCGAAACGCCGCACCUUACACCAUGUGACAACUGUCAGUGCUGUCAUUGGUCUCUGACAGCUCUGAUCCUCAUGACCACCCCCCCACGUUUCCAUGACAACCAGCCUGACACGCGGAAGCUAGCGAGAUGGAGAUAAACAAAGCACGUCUGUUGACCCUGGCGCUGGCUAUUAGUUUUUAUAUUAUUUGUUUAUCAAACUUUUGGCAAAUUGUUCAGUUUGAAAAUGAGACCCGUCUGCGUCGGGAGAGGAACGUGCUGAUGCAUUACAGGACGCAAUGCCAAAUGUUACGACUCAGGAGAAGACGUACCCUCAUGUGCUUCGUCAGACCACGAUCCCGAAAUGCCAGGAGCAUAUGGACAUUUCCACGCAGUAGUAAUUGGUGGCUAAACAUCUGCACCACCUGUACACCUGAGGAAUGGUACAAACACUUCAGAAUGCACAGACAGACCUUUGAUCAGCUGUGUGACACUCUACGGCCCUGGCUGACACGGCAGAAUACGACAUACCGAAGGGCAGUACCUGUAGAGGCUCGGGUGGCAAUUUGUAUCUGGAGACUAGCCACAAACCAAGACUACAGGUCAAUUGGGCAGCUAUUUGGUGUUGGGCUAUCCACAUGCUGCUUGAUCACCCAAGAGGUUGUGACUGCGAUCAAUGUUGUCAUGAAGCCGCAGUACAUAAAACAUCCCACUGCAGCAGAGUUUAGGCAAAUAAUCCAAGGUUAUAGAGAUAAAUGGCGAUUUCCUCAGGUUGUCGGUGCAAUUGAUGGGUCCCACAUAAAGAUCACAGCUCCACAUGAGAACUCCGCUGAUUAUUAUAAUCGAAAGGGUGACUACUCAAUUAUUUUACAGGGUGUGGUUGACCAUAAUAUGAAAUUCUGGGAUAUUAAUGUUGGCCGACCAGGGAAGGUACACGAUGCUCGUGUUUUUGCCCUUUCAUCUUUGUUUCAGCGUGGCAGUGAGGGCACCCUUUUACCCAGCUGGACUGAAAGAUUUGAGGGGGUCGACGUGCCUCUUCUUCUCUUGGGUGACUCAGCCUACCCUCUUUUAACCUGGCUGAUGAAACCUUACCCAGAGGGACCAGGGGUAACACCACAGCAGCUCAACUUCAACCACAGAUUGAGUCAAACCCGGAUGACAGUUGAGCGUGCCUUUGGGCACCUCAAAGGGCGCUGGCGCUGUCUCCUAAAAGUAAAUGAAACCCACAUAACUUUUAUCAGUCGAAUAGUGUCUGCCUGCUGUGUGUUACAUAAUUACUGCGUGGAAAACAAUGACGAAUAUAUCGAGCAAUACUGUGAAACAGCUGUUGAGGACAGAGAGGUUCAUCUGCCAGAGCAUCAUGGGCCAAUGCAACAAAUUAACAUUAGAAAUGCACUGUGUAGAUACUUUUCUACCAUGUAAAUGCACCUCACAAGCAACAUUGUCCAGUGCCACAUUUUUGUUUGGUAUCUGUUGACAUCUGUGAUUUGUAUAUUUUUAUUUGUUUGUGUUUUUGUAGAUUUAUCAUUUUACAAAAGAGGACCCUGUUUUGUGUUUGAAAAAAGAGAGGAUACAUCUUUGCUUUUGCUGUAAAUAGUUUAUUU